AUGUGGUCUUCCUUUAUUUAUGUAAUUAGUUUUCGGUUCCGAAAUCAUUAUUUGUAAGCUAUGUUUGUACGCGCCAAGAAUGGAAUAGAUAGUAUGACUAUAUCUGACUUCAAUCUCGAGAGCAACGAGGGUGCCGACAUGAAGUCCAAAAACAAAAAAAUGGAGGGUUCCGUAGCCUGCGAAGGAUUUAUUGCCACUUAUCAUGAGUAUUGCGAAAACACCUCCAUCCACGGAGUCCAAUAUCUGGGCGAGCGGGAGCGACCCAUGCGGGAGCGCAUCUUCUGGCUGUUCGUAUUCCUGAUCUCAAUAUACGGGUGUUCAACGUUAAUCCUCAGUGCCUACACCAAGUGGACCGAAACGCCCGUGAUCGUAAGCUUCGCUGAGAAAUCGACCCCCGUGUGGAACAUCCCAUUUCCAGCGGUUACUGUUUGUUCGGAGACCAAACGGGUGUUAAAGCAGAAAGGUAAGGAGACCUCCUAUGCGGAUCUUUACAGCCAGUUCACCGAGGAAAUGCGAGCUUCGCGAGUGUUUAAGCCCCAAAAUGUUAGUGCCCUCGAGAUGGAGGAGUUCCGAACCCUGCUGCACGUCUGCAACACGCAGAUCAUUGAGGAGGACAUGCCCUUAAUAGGCGGUGAUGAGCUGGACUACUUUGAUAUCUUGGAAAGGAUGCUGCCCCAGUUUGACCGGUAUUUCUUCUACUGCCGCUGGCUGAGUCGCUUUGGCGAGUGCGAAAAAUUCUUUCGGAAAACCCUUACGGAGGAGGGCAUCUGCUUUACCUUCAAUGGACUAAGGGCCACCGAGAUAUACCGGGAGGACACCUAUCAGUACCAGCAUUGCGGGGAUGCCUUGGAAAUGGAAAACACAAGCUCGAGCCAUGCGCCCUGGACGCUGGAAACGGGCUAUGCGCACCUUAGCGAUGUGGAAACAUUUCCAGCGAGGGUUUUGAGUGCCGGAGCGCGAUCCGGCAUUUUCCUGGCGCUCCAAAGUUUUAAGCAGGAAGUAGACUACGCCUGCCGCGGACCUGUUCAGGGUUUUAAGCCACCCAGGAAGCAGUUAGUGAGCAGGAGGAAACCGUCGCCCGCAAAGGCCACUUCUACGGCGUCUAUUUGCUUUGCAGUCAGAGUUUGGAUCCUCGAUAUAGAGGAAAGUGCUAUGUGGGCUUCACCGUGAACCCAAAACGCCGGAUACGCCAGCACAAUCUGGGGUGCGACUUUGGAGGCGCAAGAAAAACCAGCCGCAAGGGGCCCUGGCAAAUGGUAAUGAUCGUUCACGGAUUCCCGAAUAAUAUUG